UUACUGUCUCAAUAUGGUGCCCGGUGACUGCCCGUCAUAUCCUCCCCCCACCCCACCCAUCACGACCAUAUUUGCCUUCUCUCCGCUUGGGCCAUCGAUGGCCAUUUUGUCUCGGUCGUCCGCUGAGCGCUCGAAGCCCGCGGCGGCCGCGGCGGCAGCGGGAAUGAACGGCGAUCGGUUCUCCUGCCUGGAGGCAGCGAGUCAUGGCAGCACACAGACAGAAAGACAGACAGACAGACAGACAGACAGACAAUGAAAGGAAAGAACAGUGAAGGUAUCCCGAUUGUCUGCCUUGUUGUCAUCGAGCCUUACUUGGUGCCCGACAGCGGCGCGUGAUACCCUCCCCCCAACCCAUCCAUCACGACCAUGUCUCUCCGAGACCCACUCACACCGUCGGCGCACUUCUUGCCUCGGCCGACCUGUUGCGGCUGGAUGCAGCCCGCUGCUGCCGCUGCCGCUGCGGCCGGCUGCCUCUGUCGGCGGGCAGUGACCAGCCGAUUCAUCUUCUUCUGCAACGGCUCUUCGUCCCCCUCGUCCUUCACCACCUCGCCCUUGGAUCCCUUCCCGCCCACGGCACGCCGGCUCUUCGGUUUCUGUUGGUGAGCAGCAGCAGCGGCGGCGGCGGCUGAUGUGGCGCGAGAGGUCUUCUUGGGGCCCUUGGCGGCGGUGCCAUGUCUUUGCUGUGGCCUGGGGUCUUCAGGCCCAGCUGGAUGGGCAGAGGUCAGGUCAGCCCCGUUCUGGGACUUUGUGGCGGCAGCAGCCUGAUGGAUUCGAAUCACAGGCAGGGAGCAAGGACACACAAUGCCAUCCCAUGAGGGGGCCAUGCACCUUUCAUGCAUCGGCGUCUCGGCGCGCCGAAGUGCCCAUAUUUGCCCUUAUGCACUGGCCAUGUUCCCUCUCCUUACCUGUGAGCGUGUCUGCAUCACCAUCCCGGCAGACGACUGGCGAUACGACUUCAAAGACUCCUCCCGUGAGCAACAACAACACAACUCAACAGGCAGUUGUAGAACUGAGCAGACUCCGAGACGCCUCGGAACAGGCGGGCCAGCUCCACUGGCGAGGUCACCUCUGAUCACCCGAAGUCUGUUGCUGAAGCGAACGAGCUGCUGUGCAGGACAAAGGUGGCAUGAGGAUGGUGUCACAAGACGCCCCCAUGUGAAGCGCUUCACGUGGAUACUAGUGCCAUGGUGCUUGAUUGAUAGCUUCACUGGCCAAUUGGGACUG